GCUACUCCUCCUUUCCGUGUAUUGCGUGCGCUCGAUUUCUCUGGAUUUCCUCCCCUGCCUCGAUUAUCUGACGACUUAUUGCGGCAGCUUCUCCGAUUCUGUCUUCUUAUUUCCCGUCUCUUAUUUGCUUCUUUAUUUCUUCUCUUUCGUGGGGUUGGGGGUCAGCAUUAUAAAAAUAAGAAAAAAAAAAAGAAAAAAAAAAGGGGGCUUUCUCGGUUUUUCUUUUCUGGGUUCUAGCUUUUGUUCGCUAUUCGCACGCUCCUUAGUCCCCCGCUUCAAAUGCAUUUCCGCAUGCUUUUCGAUGAUUCCUAGUGCUGAAUGCUGAAUGCAUGUGUAAUUGAUGCUGAAUACUCGUCUGAGAAUUUGAUUGCAGGCCAUGUACAUAAUUACUAUGACGGCUCGUGUUUUCUCUAUCUGUCGUGCCCGAUCUCACUGGAAUUUUUCUUCUUCUUUUUUCCGGGUUGGGUACCUCUGGUAAUGAAGAUGCUUCUCGCUUGCCUGGAUUGAUCAUUUGGGUGCUUUAACACGACACCAGAUCUUUUGCGCUGGAGCGAUUAGGAGUACCAGGGACAAUGUCGUCCUUGAGUAGGGAAUUGGUGUUUUUAAUCUUGCAAUUCCUGGAUGAGGAGAAGUUCAAGGAAACUGUCCAUAAGCUAGAGCAAGAGUCCGGAUUUUUCUUUAACAUGAAGCACUUUGAAGACCAAGUCCAGGCAGGUGAGUGGGACGAAGUUGAGCGCUACCUGUCUGGGUUUACAAAGGUUGAAGACAACCGUUACUCCAUGAAGAUCUUCUUUGAAAUCAGGAAGCAAAAAUAUUUGGAAGCUCUUGAUAGGCAGGAUCGAGCCAAGGCUGUUGAGAUUCUUGUCAAGGACCUAAAGGUUUUUGCUUCUUUUAAUGAAGAUUUGUUCAAGGAGAUCACUCAGUUGCUUACUUUAGAUAACUUCAGGCAAAAUGAGCAGCUGUCAAAGUAUGGAGACACCAAAUCGGCGCGGAAUAUUAUGCUUAUAGAACUUAAAAAGCUUAUUGAGGCAAAUCCUCUAUUUCGUGACAAACUUACCUUUCCCGCCUUCAAAAGUUCAAGGCUUAGGACCCUGAUAAAUCAGAGACCUCCUCCUCCUACCAAUAGCCCUCUGGUGGGACCAAUUCCCAAGGCUGGAGCUUUCCCACCCAUAGGUGCUCAUAGCCCAUUUCAGCCUGUUGUCUCCCCAUCUCCUGGUGCUAUAGCUGGGUGGAUGUCGGGUGCUAAUCCUUCUAUUCCUCAUCAUCCGGUAGCAGCUGUCCCCCCUGGUCUCGUGCAGCCUUCUGGUCCAGCUGCAUUCUUAAAACACCCAAGAACCCCCACUGGUGUGGCGGGUAUGGAUUAUCAGUCGGCAGAAUCGGAGCACUUGAUGAAGCGCAUCAGAACAGGCCAGUCGGAUGAGGCAUCCUUUUCAGGGGUGACGCAUACUCCAAAUGUGUACUCACAAGACGACCUCCCCAAGAAUGUCAUGCGGGCCCUCAAUCAAGGAUCUAAUGUCAUGAGCAUGGACUUCCAUCCACAGCAACAGACCAUACUCCUAGUUGGGACAAAUGUUGGCGAAAUCAGCCUUUGGGAAGUCGGGACACGGGAAAGGUUGGCACAUAAGCCGUUCAAGGUUUGGGAUCUAGCAGCUUCGACAUCUUUGCAGACAGCAUUGUUGAAUGAUGCUGCAAUAUCAGUGAACAGGUGUGUUUGGGGGUCAGAUGGACUGAUUCUAGGCGUUGCCUUUUCUAAGCAUAUUGUUCAGAUAUACACUUACAAUCCAAAUGGAGAACUAAGACAACACUUGGAAGUUGAUGCUCACAGCGGUGGUGUAAAUGACAUUGCAUUUGCUCAUCCCAACAAGCAGUUGUGCAUUGUGACCUGCGGUGAUGAUAAGACAAUUAAGGUAUGGGAUGCUGUAAGUGGACGCAAGCAGUACACAUUCGAAGGGCAUGAAGCUCCAGUAUAUUCAGUCUGCCCACAUUACAAGGAAAAUAUUCAGUUUAUUUUCUCCACUGCCAUUGAUGGGAAGAUAAAAGCUUGGCUGUAUGAUUGCCUGGGAUCUAGAGUGGACUAUGAUGCUCCCGGUCGGUGGUGCACCAUGAUGGCUUAUAGUGCGGAUGGAACAAGGCUGUUUUCAUGUGGAACCAGUAAAGAGGGUGAAUCCCAUUUGGUUGAGUGGAAUGAGACCGAGGGUGCUAUCAAGAGGACAUAUACAGGUUUCAGGAAGCGAUCAUUAGGUGUUGUCCAGUUUGACACAACGAGGAAUCGUUUCCUAGCUGCUGGAGAUGAAUUUCAAAUUAAAUUCUGGGACAUGGAUAAUCCCAACAUGUUGACGGCUGUUGAUGCAGAUGGCGGGUUGCCUGCGAGCCCAAGACUUAGAUUUAAUAAGGAGGGUUCUUUGUUAGCUGUCACAACUAGUGAAAAUGGCAUCAAAAUUUUGGGUAAUACAGAUGGUAUCCGCUUGAUACGGAUGGUUGAGAGCAGGGCUUUUGAGAAAAAUCGAGCCCCUCCUGAUAAUUCUAAGUCCUUGGUUAUAAAUACUCUCGGUCCUGCGGGUGGUGUCUCUGCUGCAAUGGCUUCAACUCCUGAACGACCUGACAGAACCCUGCCUGUUGUAUCUAUCAACAAUAUGGGAACGAUGGAUAGCAGCAGGCUCGUUGACGUGAAACCUCGAAUUUCUGAUGAUGUGGACAAGAUCAAAAGUUGGAAAAUUCCAGAUGUAGUAGAUCCAUCUCAAUUGAAAGCUGCGCGAUUGCCUGACUCAGUAUCCACGGGAAAGGUCGUACGCCUUAUCUACACCAACUCUGGUCUAGCUGUGCUGGCUCUUGGCUCCAAUGCUGUUCAUAAGCUUUGGAAAUGGCAGCGUAGCGAAAGGAAUCCUUCUGGGAAGGCUACUGCCCAUGUCAUCCCACAGCUAUGGCAGCCUCCCAGUGGGACUCUCAUGACAAAUGACGUUAGUGACAGUAAACCAGCAGAAGAUUCUGCUGCAUGCAUUGCUUUAUCUAAAAAUGAUUCUUACGUAAUGUCUGCGUCUGGUGGGAAGAUUUCUUUGUUCAACAUGAUGACAUUUAAGGUCAUGACAACAUUUAUGCCACCUCCUCCUGCAGCCACCUUUUUGGCAUUUCAUCCACAAGAUAAUAAUAUAAUUGCAAUAGGCAUGGAGGAUUCCACCAUCCAAAUCUACAAUGUCAGGGUAGAUGAGGUCAAAACCAAACUCAAGGGACAUCAGAAUCGGAUAACAGGGCUUGCAUUUUCUCAAAAUUUGAAUGCACUGGUCUCUUCAGGAGCUGAUGCACAGUUAUGUCUGUGGAGCAUUGAUGGAUGGGAAAAGAAGAAAAGUAGGCCCCUACAAGCAUCCCCUGGUCAUCAAUCCCCACUUGUUGGAGAUACGAAAGUCCAGUUUCAUAAUGAUCAAUUACAUCUGCUGGUUGUCCAUGAAAACAUAAUAGCUGUUUAUGACAGCAAGCUUGAAUGUUCACGAUCGUGGUCUCCAAAAGAAAGUCUCAGUGCUCCCAUUUCGAGUGCGAUAUAUUCCUGUGACGGUUUGCUGGUGUACACUGCAUUUUGUGAUGGCGCUAUUGGAGUUUUUGAUGCGGACGGCUUAAGAUUGAGGUGUCGAAUUGCCCCUUCUGCAUACAUAAGUGGUGUUUCUGUCGGCGGUGCUCCUGCCUAUCCAUUAGUUAUUGCUGCUCAUCCAUCAGAGGCAAAUCAGAUUGCACUGGGCAUGAGUGAUGGCGCGGUUCACGUGGUCGAGCCAUCUGAAGUCGAAGCGAAGUGGAUUGGGGGAGGCACGUCCUCGCAGGACAAUGGAUCGCUUCCCUCAAAUUCAUCGAACCAUUCACUUAGUGGACAACCAUCGGAGAUUCCUUCGAGGUGAUCCAUAGACGAGCAAGUGUUUAGGAAAGUGUAUUUAGGGAACUAUCGUUAUGGGAUUAUUAGAGAAGCAGCUGAAAUUUUUUUGGGCCUAUUUUAAUGAUGUUCAGGUAAUCAUAACGCGUUAUAUAUGUAUUCAUUGUAAAUCUUUUUAGCAUGUUUCAUAAUUAUUCUUACAAGGGAUCCCGUUUCAAGUUA